AUGAUAUAUAAAUAUUUACCAUAUACAUCAAUAUUAAAAGUACAAAAUGAUGAAAUAUUACUUAAAGAAAAUCAUAACCGUUGGGUUAUGUUUCCAAUUGAACAUGAUACAUUUUGGAUAUUAUAUAAAGAAGUUGAGAAUAAUUUUUGGGCAGCUGAAGAUUUUAUAUUUACUGAUGAUAUAAAAUUAUUAUAUCAAUUACCAAAACCAAUUUUCAAUACAUUAUUAAAUUUAUUAUCAUUUCAUAUUAACUUAGAUAAUAAAUUAAUAUGUCGUCCAGUUGAUAUAACAUUAGACUUAUUAAGUGAAGUACAAAUAGCAGAAGCAAGAGCAUUUUAUGGAUUCCAAUUAACAGAUGAAAAUAUACAUACAGAAACUAUAUCUUCUAUGUUCCAAUUAUUCAAUCAACAAUUAGAUACCAAUAUUGUAUCUUCUAAUACACUAUUCUUAAGUAGUUAUGGUAUGGAUAAGAUAAUAUGGUUAUAUAAUGAAUGUGAGAAUAAUAAAUGUUUUUUUAAACGUGUAUUAUUAUUAGUAAUAAUGAAAUUAUUAUUUUAUUGUUCCAUUAAUAUAUUGAGAGAUUAUUUAUUGAAAGAGAAAUUAUUACCAACAUUUAUUACUGCAUUUGAUUCCAUUACUAAUGAUCGUAUUAUACAUACACGUUUUGCUCAUUGUACUUUCAGAUUAUUACAAAAUAAAAUGUUAGAAUCUGAAGUACUUGAAAUUAUUAAACAAGCUUUAAAAUUAGAAUAUCAAUUCAUAUUACAAUAUUUCACCAUACAAUUUUUUAAUCUUUCUACAAAUGUAAUAAAAUCAUAUUUGGAAUGGAUUGGUAAUAAUAUAUUAUUAGUUUGUGGAUAUAAAACAUUAUAUACAUCAGAAUUUGAUAUAGAUUGGUUAAAUCAUCCAAUAAUUGAUUUAAAUAUACAAAAACAAACUAAUAAAAUACAAAAACAUAAUGAAAAUCUAAAUGAUAUUAAAUUUGAUGAAGAUUUCUAA